CCGAACUCUCAUUUCACAUUUUUUGCAUUUCCUCAGAAUAUCUAAACUAAACUCAACACGUCACUUCAAACAAAUCAUCAUGCUCAGAGCCUCCACCACCUCCACCUCCACCUUACCCUCUUCCCCUCUCCCCCUCCUCAUCUCCUCCUCUUUUUCUCUCUCCAAACCCUCACUUUCUCUCUCUACAAGCUCUGCCAAACCCCUUUCUUUCCCUCAAAGCACUAGGCCCAUAUAUUUCUACACACCCCCAAAGAUGUCCUGGCUGGGCAAGCUAGGCUUCGGUACGCGGUCCCCCACCGAACCCUCCAUGGACUCUUCUUCUUCCUCCAUAGCCCAAGGUCCAGACAAUGAUAUCCCAGCACCGGGUCAACAGUUCGCCCAAUUCGGAGCUGGGUGUUUCUGGGGCGUGGAAUUGGUCUUCCAGAGAGUCCCUGGUGUGACCAAGACCGAGGUUGGGUACACUCAGGGCUUUAUUCAUAAACCCACUUAUGAGGAUGUAUGUUCGGGGACUACGAACCACUCUGAGGUUGUUAGGGUUCAGUAUGAUCCGAAGGAGUGUAGUUUUGAGUCUUUGCUUGAUGCUUUCUGGGCUAGACAUGACCCUACAACCCUUAAUCGCCAGGGAAAUGAUGUGGGAACGCAAUACAGAUCUGGAAUAUACUUCUAUACACCUGAGCAGGAGAAGGCAGCAAUAGAGUCCAGGGACAGACACCAGAAGCAAAUGAACAGGAAGAUUGUUACUGAGAUUUUACCUGCCAAGAAAUUUUACAGAGCAGAAGAGUAUCACCAGCAAUACCUCUCAAAGGGGGGUCGAUUUGGGUUUAAGCAAUCUGCUGAGAAAGGCUGCAAUGAUCCAAUUCGUUGCUACGGCUAGGCACCCUCUAUCUCGUUUUUUUUUUCCUGGGUCAUAAUUGCUGUUUUAGAUAUGCUUGUUAAUAUGUUUGCGAUUCUGCCCACUUCCUAUGACAGUUAUAUCUUAUCUCAUACCUUAUAUAUUCUACUGUCAUGAGAACAGAUGAUGCAUGUAGCUUCUAAGUACAGAUAUUUGACUGCUGUUGUAUUUGGAUCAACUUUAAUUGGAGCAGUUGCCUUUUGUUAUAUCCUGUUAGCCUCAUGUUAGUUGGUUAAGAGUUUGCCUGUGGUGUAUUUAGCAAUGUGUUUUUUUUUUUAAAUUCUGAGAACUUACAUUGUUUUUUUUUUCGCUAUUUCUUAUUUUGGGUAGUGGAUUUUCUAUCUGUUGGAGCAAGAACUAGCAUGGACGCUGAUCUAUUAUGACCACCGUGGCUAUUCGCAUUCUAUUUUCUUCUUUCAAGCCAAUCUCUUCUUAGAAAGCACUCAGCGAAGUUACUUAAGCACUCUCAAAUCUCUCUUGAUACGUCAUUUUACUUUGUAAACUAAUCGAAGUUUGUCCUUAUGCAUCUCUUUCUUUCUCAUUUUUAUAAUUAUUGUGGGGGUGAAACUUUAUCCUUUGAUAUACAUAUGGAAUCAGCUUUGGCUACAUUGUAAAAGUCAAGCUGUAAUUUGGCAAUAUUGCUUGACAUUAAUACUCUUCCAAUCUAUUUGGC